AUGUCGGUGUUGAAUUCGAAAGAGUACAAAGAUUUUGAAAACAUUUUGUCCUUAAAUUGUGAUGGAACGCAGGUAGAUGAUCUGAAAACAAACCCAUCAUCAAAGGGAAAAUAUAAAGCUUCAAAGUUUUAUGGUCGUUUUGCGAAAAUGUCGAGAGACAUAAAAGCAUCAUUUACAUCAGACAGUAAAGGCGUUCCAAAUGAGUUUCACAACGAAGAAUAUUUCAGCGACUUGAUGGGAUCUGUUGUACCCGUCAUACCAAUGUGGACUUGUCUUAUGUUAUAUUCCAAAAUAAAAGUCUGCCAUAGACCAAAUAAUUCUGGUGCAGAAUUAUGGUUUCAUUAUCUCAAAGGGAACAGCCUACAAGCAAAAAGUAUGAAAUGUAGUCGCUUCAUAAGGCUUACUAGAGACAGGAUAGAAAGUGUCACCAAGGAAGUCCUGUGCGACAUACCCAACACGCGUUGUGCCAUUCCCAAAAAACAAAAUGUCGAUUGCAAUAUUGUUCGGAAAAACAAAAGAGUCAUAUCAUUAGAUACUGUCACAGAUCUGAGCGACGAUGAAGACGCUGAACAGUGGAGAGCUAGAAAAAAUAAAAAAAUAGGUUAUUUUAAGCAAGGCAGCUUAAUGGCAAAUAUGAAAAAAUUAAAACCUAUUCAAACUAUAAACGAGAAAACAGAGACAGUAGUUGAUUUAACUACGAUUAGUGAUGAAGAGAAUCAAAUAACAGAAAAUAAUAUGGUCACCCCAAGAGCAGUAAAAACUAAAAACUGUAGAAACAUUUACGACGCCUGGUAG